AUGAACCAAAUGGAUAUUGGUAAUGGGGAAGCAGUUGGCAUUGAGAAAUUGGGAAAUGAUGAAGAGAGGAAAGUAAAUGAAGAAGGAGUUGAAGAUGAAAAGGGAGAUGAAGAAAGGGGAGAAGAUGAAGAUAAAAAGGUAACUGAAGAGGAAGUCGAAGAUAUAAAGGUAAUUGAAGAUGAAGAUAUAAAGGUAAUUGAAGAAGAAGAUGAAGAUAAAAAGGUAAAUGAAGAGGAAUAUGAAAAAAUCAAGUUUUUUAGAAAUAAAUUUGAAGCUCCAUUUAAAUAUGACUCUAAUUUCAAAAAAUUUAAAGAAUUGAAAAACAUUAGUAUUAAACCUCAUUUAAAAUCUUUAAAUAUUUUAACAGAAGAUAUAGGGAGUAUCAAUUCAGAAAAAUUGAGAGCAAAUCUACUUGAUACUUGGAACAAUGAAAUACCCCCUAUAUACCCUUCUGAAGUUCUCCCAGAGAGUGAAUAUACUGUUACUGAAAUGAUUGAACCCUUUUUGAUUAAAAAUCCAGGACGUUUUACAUUGUUCCCAAUUAAAAAUCAUGAUAUCUUUAAAAUGUAUAAGAAGGUGCUAGCAUCAUUUUGGACAGUUGAAGAAGUAGACUUGUCAAAGGAUAUUGUAGAUUGGGAACAGAAACUUAAUGAAGAGGAACGUCACUUCAUUUCACAUGUUCUAGCAUUUUUUGCCGCAUCAGGUGGUAUCGUCAAUGAAAAUCUUGUUAAACGUUUCUGCCAAGAGGUACAAAUACCAGAAGUGAGGUGUUUUUAUGGUUUUCAGAUUGCCAUGGAAAAUAUUCACAAUGAAAUGUACAGUUUACUUAUUAAUACAUACAUAAAAGAUUUACAGGAGCAGAACAGAUUAUUUAAUGCUAUUGAAACGCUGCCAGCUGUUAAGAAAAAAGCUGAUUGGGCUCUAAGGUGGAUUACCAAUAGAACGGCAACAUAUGCCGAACGCAUUGUUGCCUUUGCUGCAGUAGAGGGUAUUUUCUUUAGUGGUUCAUUUGCUGCAAUAUUUUGGUUAAAAAAACGUGGUUUAAUGCCAGGUCUAACCUUCAGUAAUGAACUGAUUUCUAGAGAUGAAGGGUUACACACAGAUUUUGCUUGCUUGAUAUUUAAGUACUUGAUUAAUAAGCCUGAUCAGAAAUAUGUAUAUUCUAUCAUUGAUAAUGCUGUGAAGAUUGAACAAGAAUUUUUAACAGAUGCCUUGCCAAUCAAACUAAUUGGUAUGAACUGUAAUCUAAUGGGGAAGUAUAUAGAAUUUGUGGCUGACCGACUUCUCUUUGAACUCGGUUUUAAGAAACUUUAUAAUGUAGAAAAUCCAUUUGACUUUAUGGAAAAUAUCUCAUUAGAAGGGAAAACUAAUUUUUUUGAAAAAAAAGUAAGUGAAUAUCAAAAAUAUGGUGUAAUGAAUUCAGAUCAAUACAGUGUUUUUACAUUAGAUUCAGACUUUUAGUUAAUUAGUUGAUGGAUGGAAUAGAACAUGUUUUUUUAUAUAGAA